AGCUGUUACUGAGUCAUGUAUUUGGUGCCUGCAUUUCUCUUUACUAGUGCUACUGUGGCUGAUAUUUAGCCAUUUGUAGGGUGAUCCUUUUGAGGUAAGUUAUUAGCAAGACUUAAAAUAGAAACAACAAGUUUCAACUUCAUUUGACAUAAGAGAACAAACUAAACACUGCUACUUACCUGAAAAAUGUCUGCUACUGUCCAGGACUUUGAGCUUGUGAGAAUUCAGACUUGUGUUCUUAAAGUUCAGAUCAACUGUCAUGGAUGCAUGCAGAAGGUGAAGAAACUGCUUAAAAGAAUUGAAGGGGUUUAUCAAGUGAAAAUGGAUGUGGAUGAACAAGUGGUCAUAGUAUCUGGGAAUGUGGACUCAGCAACACUGAUCAAGAAGCUAAACAAAUCUGGAAAACAUGCAGAGCUUUUAUCAGAAAACCCAAUGGAAAACCAAGAAACAGAACUACUCUACAAGUGGUUAAAUGAUGACUUUCACCAAAACCAGGGAGGUCUAAGCUGGUGUGACGAUGAGAAGACUCAAAACAGAGAACUCCUUAACUGGCUCAAUAAUACCAAGCAUCAAAACCAAAUGCACAGCUUGUACAAUUCUCUUGGAGCCUCCAAGAGACGGCCUAUGUGUUCCCCUAUUGAACGAGGCUUCGAUCACUGGGGCAACAAACAGUUUUUGGACCAGAGUAUUGGAAUUGACUCUCUCUCAGGUGAAGCAAAUCGGAACCUUUUUGCACUAGGAAACAUGGAUUAUCCAUAUAAUGUUCAGGAAGAAAGCAUCAUUAACAAUGCAGAUUUCGGAAGAACUUCUGCAUUUGGAUAUCUCCAAAGUCUACAAGGUAGAAGAAAUUCAAUGGUUGAUUUUCAAGGUCUCCGAGACAGUAAUCCUAGUUUUGCUCCAAACCAAGGUCUCAGAAGUAUUAAUUCCUGUUUUGCUAAUUGGGGAAGUGAAGAACCAGGUCUACAGAACUUGCACACUGCUCAAGGGGAAUAUGGAUAUCAACCAAGGCCAUUCAGUGAGAUGAAUGACAUGCAAGCUUUCCAUUACAAACAUCCAUCUUCAACAAUGAACUCUUUUUUUGAUUACCCUCCAACAAUGAUGAACUCUUACAGGCAGAAUAGCCAUGACAAUGGCAUUGGCAACAUCAUCAAUGAUAUUUACACAUAUCAACCAGGAAGGAUUCUCAAUCAGACACCCUAUGGUGUCUUCCCACCCAACAUCAGCCAUUCUUGGAACAUGAAUAACUAUAACAAUUGAGAGACUUACCAUCCGUACCUAUAUAUAUAGAUUAGA